GCCGUUGGUCAGACGGUUGCACCGCGGCCCUCUGAUUGGCUGGCAGUCUCGUCAGUGAACGUCUGUUGUUCGCACUCGCCUCAGAGCAGGAGUGCCCGUGACAGCGGACUGGUUUGAUUCAUGCUGCCGUGCAGCCUCAUUUUUUUGGAUUGGCAGAACAAUUAAUGUGGCGAGAGCAGAGCGCAUGAAGGAUGAUGUCAGCUAUGUGAGGCGUGUUAUGUCUGGUACCUCUGACUAGACUGGGGCUGGCUGAUGAGUCACAGGAUACAGAGGAUGGAGUGCGGGAUGGCUAUUACCUUGCAAGAGGAGAAAAUGAAUGUGGAGGCUCUGAGCAGAGCAGAGCUGCUGACUCUCCUGAGUAUCUUGGAGGGAGAGCUGGAGGCCCAGGAUGUGGUCAUACACACCCUCAGGGCUCAACACAGAGACGCUUUCAUCCAGGAGCGCUACGGUCAGUAUGACCUUAGCGAUCCGUUCCUGGCGCUGCAGCGGGACAGCGAAGCCGCGGAGCGCCAAAACAGACUAACCCAGCAUCACACGCACCUGCAGGGUCGGGCGGUGGGCCCAAAUCCUCUGGCUGUGCUUAAACUGGUCAUGGCUCACUGCAAGAGGAUGCAGGACAGGAUGAUGGGACAGUUGGCUGCCGCUGAGAGCAGACACAGGAGGAUGAUAGCUGAUCUGGAGGAGGAGAAACGACAGCGUGCCCAGGACUCUGUGCAGAGUGAUGAUUUCACUGUCAUGCUGCAGACAGAGAGAGAAAAACUGCUGCAACAGUUGGAAGUGGAGCAUGCAACUGUGCGGAGGUUAGAGAAGGAACAAGCACAGUUAGUGAGCAAGGUGGAGGAGUCGCUGUCCCAGCAGCAGCAGCUCUCCUCCACUCUGACCCUGGAGCUCCAGAAAGCCAGCAGCCAGGCUCAGGAGGAGGCUCAGAAGGUCUCCCAUCUUCGCAUCUCGCUCCAAGAAGAGACUAGUGCCCUGGAGAAGCUCCGGGGUGUUCUUGAAAAUGAGAGGAGCCGGGCAGCCCAGCUAGAGGCCAGGUCUGAGAGGCAGCUGGCUGCGUUUGACACAGAACGAGAGCAGAUGAAAGCCAGGAUCAGCAAAGAGGAGGAGAGGAGUAGGGAGCUAGAGAGACAGGUGGAGGAACUGAAGAAGAGGUUGGCUGAACCUGGAGGAUGUAAAGAAGAGGUAAAGGAGGCUGUGACGGAGGUGAAAGAGUCACUUUCCAACAUGAUGGUGGUGUCCACCUCCGUUCAGACUGAAGCGGAUGGAAAGGUAACUGUCACUCCUAAAUCCACCUCAAUGUCAAAGGUCAAUGGCCAUCACCCUCAUAAAGAGACAGAACCAGUGCAGGAAGGGAGGGGAGCAGAAAAUGGAGGGGUGGUUGAGAAUGGGGGAGGAGCACCUUUGCAUUCCCCUCUUCACACUCAUCCUCACCCUCACCCUCACUCUCCCUCCAGCACAGCCUCCUCUUCUCUCUCCUCCUCCCCCAUUUCUUCCCCUGUUCUUGCCAAGCGUUUGGGCAGCCCAGGCUUCCAUCAGUCCUCCUACCAGGCUGGAGUCAACCAGCGAUUCCAAGCUGCCAGGCACAAGUUCCAGAGCCAGGCAGAGCUGGAGCAGCAGCAGCAUGGUGGGCCUCUUUCCCCCAGGGACCUCUCCCCCACCACCUCCUCCAUUCCUCCCCCACCAGAGCACAGCACAGCUAAGCAGCUGGCCCGCAACACUGUCACUCAGGUGCUGUCCCGCUUCACCAGUCAGCAAGCUGGGGUCAAGCUGGCACCAAUCAGCAGCUCUCCAUUUGGUACAGACUACCGCAAUUUAGCAGCAUCUCCUCCUGGGGGGAGGUCGCCUUCUUCAGGGCCCCUAUCUCCAGGCAUCCGCUCCCCCCUUACUCCUCGCUCAGAGAGGACCCAUCCUCCUCCGAUUCCUCCCAAGAAGCCAGGCAUGAGUCCAACUCCAGGCUCCCCGAGCCACUCUGCUCGGACCAGCCUCUUCCCAGAGCUGACCGGGGACUGUGGGCACAGCAACGAUGGGCAGGAGGGAGCCAAGGAACCAGACCUGGUUUUAUCUUCUAGCAGCUAACGGCCGGAUCAUACAAACUAACUACUAAUUGAGCCAGGCCUUAAUCAACAGUUUCUGUAAUAUUCAUCUUUGCUAGCCCUUGAACCCACUUCAUAGCACUCAUAAUCAGUAGUAUAGACAAUUCAAAGCUGGACUUGUUCAAACAGAUGCAUUUAAGAGUUUGUUGCAUACCUACCUCUAUGCCACAACUUGAAAAACAAUCGGAAAAGAAUAUAAUAAUAGUAUAUUAUUGAUUCUUUCAUUGGAUUGAAUAUUUCCUGUAUUACCUUUCUUUUCUUUAUUUCUUUUAUACUGAAUAUUUGUGAGUUUGAAAUUUUAGAAUGAAAUUAUUUAUCUCAGUUAUUCCCUUUAAACCCUAUUAAAGGCAUUGAGAACCCACAUAAAAAGAGAGCUGUUGAUUUCGAAGAAAGACAUGUCAGUGGGAUUUCAUAGCACAACACUCCUUUUCUUUGCCCUUGAUGCUCAAACGGCCAGUCCUUUUAGAAUAAAAAAAAAAAAGAUCCAAAACUGUACAUGGACGUAGAGUAUAGCAAAUGAUUAGCUAUCACAAUUUCACAAUAAAGUAGUGAGGAGUUUGUAAAUGUUUUCCCGAUGAAUUGUUAUGCAGUUCUUGUGGAGACGGUCCAAUAAAACAGUAUUAUACUGUAUAUAGUUUAAAUGAACAACAUCAUGUGCAUGUGCUGUUUUUUCUACAAUACUUGUCAUGAAUACACUGAAUCUUGUCUUGAAAGGGGAGAGUACAUGUUGCACUACAUUACUGUAAGAUACUGUAUGUCUGAAAUUUCAAAUGUUUUCUUCAGGGAAGAAUCACUUCGGCUUCACCCAAACCAAUUAGGACUAUGUGUCAUGGUUAUGUGGUAAACUCUAGUAUAUUCCAUCAAUGAAGUUAAUGGGGACUAUAGGUUGGAAUCUUGCUACUGUAACUAUUGUUUCUAUAGUACAUGUCAAAUAAUUUACAUAGUAUCCUGUGUUGUCCUAACAGUCCUACUCAGAUAUUUCUUUUAGAUUUACCAUGUCUUUAUGCAUCUAGAUUUAAAACCAAGACUUGCUCGAAAGUAAUUAUAUUAAUUAUCGGUUUAGAUCUGUCGAUUUAUACACUUUUCUGUGAGGGGCAACAUCCCUCAGUUUUCUGUAGUAAAUAUGCAUAUCAUGAACACCUGCAACACCUAGUGCUAUUUUAAAUAAAUUACCCAUGCCUUAAAGUUUA